AUGUCGGUCUCUUAUGGGAAGAGAGUGCGAAGUCGACGAAGCGUCUUCGGUCUUUGGAUUCCCAACAAAACCAACAAGCUCUCAAGCAAAAUCGAUCCUUCUCCUGUUGAUUCUGCAGUAUCCGACAGUCCUGCAUCCGAUCACGGGCCCAGCUCUGCAGCCGGUAGAGAUCGUCUGAAGAUCCGACUGACACGAAGUGGCUCGAAGAUUCUAUUGUUAUUUGGCCUGGGUGGUUCUUCCAACAGUCACAAGACGAGCGUUGAAUCUGUGUCAUGCGAAGGCAGUCAUAUCGCCGAAGGACCUCAGACUCCAUCGCUUCCGAUAAUAGAGCGGGACCACACCAUCUUCUUACCCGGAAAUUACUCGCUAGAGAGUACACCAGCGGCGUUGCCUUCUCGAGUCAACACUCCGCCGGAGAUCCAGAAACCCGCUAGCGUGUCUUCGAAUGAUCCACAGCUUGCUGGAAAAAGGACUAGUACAGAAGCCGAAGGGGAAGCAGUCCAGAAACGUACUGCUGAAGAGGCGAAAAGCCACUCCACCAAUGCCAGUGAGCCACAAAGCCCACUGAACUCGAAGCUGGUCGACAUUCUGUCCCAAAGACUCUCUUUCACGUUUGGCCAGCCAACGGUAAUUCGUCGUACUCACCUGCGCUCGAGACCAAGUAUUCCCUUCAUCGAGUCACCUAUAUUGACUACGCCCAUCAAGCAGCACGGCGAUGGUGCUGAUGACAGCUCGGAACCGUCGACGGGCCCGAGCAGCAAUGGCUCGCCAUUGGGAUACUCGACACCUCCGACCCCAGUGACAUCGCCAGAGCCAUCCCCUUCCUCUGAUAAAUUCAAGGUCUUAUCAACCGAUCUUUCUACUCUCUCAGAUCGUGUGUUCGUCGUGAAUACCACUUUGGGAAUCAAAUCCCCGACCAUCUCACCCUCGAUCAUAAGUGUGGAGGCCGCCUCCGUGACCAAGGUAUACUUGGAGCUCUAUUACAACUCAAUUUUCCAGAAUCAGGAUCCACGUUUGCAGCGCCAACAUGAACUUGAACAGCAUAUCUUCACUUUUCAGCUCGCACCAGAUGAGCAGGCCCAGAUCAGACGCAACUGGGUGCUGCAGGAGAAUGAAAAUCUGCGACAGUGUCGAGCCUUGAAAACCAGUAUGCGAUGUGUUCGGGAUGAAGGUACAGAGUCGAUUGCUGGUUACGAAGUCAUCAAAGUCUUAGGCAAAGGAAGUUUUGGCGUGGUUCGCUUGGUUCGCGAGAAAAAGAGCGACGAGGCGUCAAUUGCGGAGGAUGAUUUCUCCAUGCCAGAAUGCUAUUCAUCCGUCUCAAGAAGCAUGUCUCUCGGAAUGCUGAGGUCUGCUGUUGAUGAAGCCAAGCACGGCCGACGACGAUUCAUGACUGGGGAAAAGAAAGAAGUGUACGCAAUGAAGGUGAUCAGAAAGUCCGACAUGAUUCGAAAUUGUCAAGAAGGGCAUAUUCGAGCGGAGAGAGACUUCCUCGUUGCGUCCGAGAAAUCUCGCUGGGUUGUUCCGUUGAUCACCAGUUUCCAGGAUGCCACCAAUUUAUAUCUCGUCAUGGACUACAUGCUCGGUGGGGACUUUCUCGGAUUGCUGAUUCGCAAAGAUAUACUCCGUGAAGAUUGGACAAGGUUUUAUAUCGCCGAGAUGAUCCUGUGCAUCGAAGAGGCCCAUCGACUGUCAUGGAUUCACCGUGAUAUCAAGCCUGACAACUUCCUCAUCUCUGCAUCUGGUCACUUGAAAAUCUCCGACUUCGGACUGGCCUUCGACGGGCAUUGGUCUCAUGACCAAGCCUACUAUCACAACCACCGCUACGACCUGAUAGACAAACUCAGAAUCAAUGUCACUGGAGAUAGGGAGGAUCAAGCACAAGCCGCGGAGCUGAAGGAAUUCUCCGAAGUGAGCUCUCAUGGGUUGAAUGGGCCAUCUAACUUUCAGGUGCCAUCGACGGAUCUUUUGGACUGGCGCAACAGCAAAGGGAGGCGUAGAUUUGCGAAGAGCGUGGUUGGCACCAGCCAAUACAUUGCGCCGGAGGUCAUCCGAGGCGAGAUGUAUGAUGGGCGAUGCGACUGGUGGAGUCUAGGCGUCAUUAUCUACGAGUGCUUAUACGGCUUUACGCCCUUCGCUUGUGAAAAUCGCCACGACACCAAGAUCAAGAUUCUUCAACACAACCGGACCCUGAAAUUCCCAAGAGAAAAGCCAUCGGACAAGGCGGUCUCCCCAGACGCCAUCGAUCUCAUGGCACGAAUUCUACAGGAACGCGAAUUCCGACUCUGCUCUCAGAAGUACCACGCCAAUGAUGUGUUGGCAGGCCGGCCUGUCUCCGCACAGUUUCUCUACUCCAUGGAUUCCCGACACAUGAACAUACCCAGCUACUACGUGUUUCCCAACGAUGCGGCCGACAUCAAAGCCCAUCCCUUCUUCAGAGGCACCCGGUGGAGCGAGCUUCACUUGACCCAGCCACCAUUGGUCCCCAGGGUCAAAGGGUGGGAGGACAGCCGGUAUUUCGACGACUGGGAGGGCCUUGGCAAUAUCGAUCAGGGUUCCUCAGAUAGUGACGCACCAGAAUCUGAUGAGGACCCCGACGCAAAUAUUGCUGGUACAGCCGCAGUAUCCCAGGGCCAUCAUUCUCCACUUCCUCUACCUCUUGAGAGACCAGAUCCAGAUGGGAAUCUGGUGGCUACAGCGGAGCCUAGUGCGCAGCAGGUAGAGCGUGCUGCGAAGAGAAGGGAGAAGAAACGACCCCGCGACAAGAUCCUUCGAGACAAAAGGAUUGGCCGAGCUGCACUUGAGAUCCGCAAGCGAGGUGCAUUUCUCGGAUAUACCUACCGGCGACCCAAGGGCCCGGCGAUGGCACUCGGCACCGACCGUGGGCGACAGCCAUUUGCAAGAGGUCAGUUAGGGGGGCUAUAA